AUGGUGUCCUUGAAACGCGUUUAUAACCAACGUUAUUUGAUACUCGUUUGGAGCGUGCUGGAAAUCUUCCUAUUUUCAGCUAUAGUCUACGGCUGGGCAGCUCUGGUAGUAGUCUUAAAACAAGAGAACUUUUUCCAUGACUUAUGUGAAGUUAAAAAUUCGACCAUUAUCGAAGACGAAGUCGAAGAUUGCAUCAAGCAAGAUGAACGAUUAAAUUUGGUGUUUUUAACCGGUGUUAUUUCGUUUUCUUCAACUGGUAUCGUUUCUGGAGCUUUUCUGGACCGUUUUGGACCGAGAAAGGCACGUCUACUUUCGAGGUAAGUUUAAUUUAUUAAACUAUGUCUAUGAGACUACGUUAAUUCUCAGUAUGUUGCAUGGUUAAACUGACGAAUAAUUAAGGUUUUGACUUUGUUUUGUUUUUGCUACGAGACGGUGUAUUCGAGUCAAAGACAUAGUACAUCACUGAACUUUACUUGCCUCUUGGCUCUUAUUAAAAGUACUUAUCUAGUUACUUUUGAAGCGCUUAUAUAAAUUAUGGAACGGUAUAUAAAGAAAGUUGAAAUGUAAUAGUGGAUUAGCCAGCCCGACAAUUUAGUCCCGCUGUGCAAAUUCAAAGUUAUUAUCUGAUUAUUCAUUUUUUUAGAAAUUGAUUGUUUUCACAGUCAAUGCGGAACACGAAAAUAUUUUGCAUAGCGGGACUAAAUCGUCGGGCUGGCACGCUAUACUGAAAAUUACUAUGCAAUGCCAAUGACGUCAGAAUAUAUAGUUUGUGGAUUAGAAACUGUGCAUUGCCAUCGGCAUUGUAUUAGUAAUCUUCAACACAAAUGUGAUAAAACAUGUCCGUUCUGCGCAUCAGUUCUGCUCAUAACAAAGGGAGACCCACAGAUAUAAACAUUGCCCAAAUUCUGUAUCUUUCGAACUUUUUUUGAAUUGAAACGUACUCUAGUUUAUAUUCAUUUACAAUGGCGAACCAGAAAAGUGUUAGAUAUUCAGUUAGUAUGUCUUAUUUUACAAAUAUAGCAGUUCAAAAUGUAAACAAAGGAUUUGAUAUGGUCUUUACAGUUUUUGCUUCCUUUGACGAGUGCUAUGUCCAUGAAUCAUGAUGUAAAAUGCCGCCAAAAUUACCUGUACCAAUUUUCGGGUGACGUCUGUUGGUUUGUGGGAAUGACGUCUUUUCCUGAAAAGUGAAAUAUAAUUAUACGCUUGAAAAUACUGAAUUAAAAACAGUCAAAAUAUAAUGUUGAUAAACUCUAAAUCCCUCAAAACAAAUUCUUCAAUAUAAAACUUGACUACAACAUUUUUGUUGUAUAAAGUGAACUUUCCCAUAGGCAUAUAUAGCCGUCGUCUCCCAGCUCGUAUGGGAAACGUUUAUGCCUGUCUGUGGACUAACAGUAUAAGAAACAACGUAGAAUUUGAAAUUAAGAAAAUUAUCUCGCAAAUUUUCCGCUAUUAAAGUCUGACGUCUUUGGUAAGGAGGCGUGGAUUGUGUAAAAGACUGACGUCUUUCUUUAUAUAUACGCAGCUUUCUUUUUGGAUUGGCGUUCUUGUUUUUUGUUCUAGCAGAUAAAGGUAUCAUUAUCUAUCAUCAUGCAAUAAAUUUAAAUGUUUUAAGUUUCGACAACAAUUGUGGCAGCAAGCUUAACGUUGCUAUUGAACUUUCCAUGAUUCUUACAGAUAGGCCAAAUUUAAUCUUUCCUGGAAUUAUAACAUUGUCGGCGGCUGGCCUUACCCUUCUACUGACUAUUUUCCAGGUAACUAUUGUUAACUAAUGCGCGAAUCAAAUCGAAACCAUGAAUUCCCCCCCCCCCCCGGGAAUUUGGAUUUUGACGUUUUGGUCAGGUCAAAUUCCCUACAUAUAUUUGUAAUUCCCGUUCAAAUACACCACGCAUUGGGAAAAAUUGGAGUUCAAAUACCCCACCCCAUGUACGAAUUGGAAGCUACAGCAUUUCGCAAUUUUGGAAUUUCAAAGUUUUUGUUUCCUUCAAAAACUCUCUUCAAUCGUUCAAAGCCGUUUUCUUGUAGCCAACCAAGGACAAAGUUAAUUUCUUCGCACUUGAACUCCUCCAUUGUCAUUGACGCUAUGACACUAUACUCUAUAGAAUUUUAUUCUGUUUGACAAAUGAUAAUCUGAUAUAAAGUAUAACCAUUCCUUUCUAUAGGUUGCAAAUAUGUUCGACAAAUGGAAGUCUUCAGUAAUAAGUUUAUUUAACGGAGCCGUGGAUGCGUCGGCCAUUGUACUACUUUUCUUCAAGGUAAGACUAGGCUCCGAAUGAUUUUUUAAAAUAGUUUUCAAUGAUUGUGUUAUGUUAUUAUAUAAAGAACGUCGAUCAGCCGAUCUGUGUCAUGGGGGGAUUUUUGGGGGGGGGGGGUUAGGAGGUGUUAACCCCCCCCCCCGCCUAGAAUCUCGCUAACCCCUCUUAUAAAGUGUUCAACCCCACCGAAAUUUCGCUUCACCCCUCCUAUUUUGUGUCAAGGUCUUUAACCAUAACGCCUAAUCCCUGCCAAAGCUCGCUCAAAGGUGCCGCUCACACCCCACUAGAAAUGUUUCCACCCCUCCUUUAAAGGAUAUGAAAAUCCGCCCUUGAUCUGUGUAUUUGAUUUUAAUUUAGGAAGCCAUUCAGUGUAUGAACAUUGCGAGACUAGUUGCUAGUUGCAAGAGGGAUGUUACACUGCGCAAUGCUCUAAAAAUGCGUUGUAACCUAUUCUACCUGGUACCGCAUUGCUUGUUGCAACAAAAAUGUUGCGAGACUUGAUAGCCUUGAUGAUUGCGAGGUAUGUUACACGCGUAAAAACGCACAGCUUGUAACAAGUCUGCAAACAAGUUGUUACAAAUCUGUUCACAAGCUGUCAACAAGUUGUGUUCGCACUGCUUGUUCCCAGUUGUUGUAACAACUUUGGAACAAGCUGUUAACAACUUGUAACAAGCUUGAUGGCAUUAUCAGCUUUGUUACAAGACUAUGCUAACAAGUUUGUUACAGCCAUGAUAUAACAAGGAUGUUACAAGGUUGUCAACAUAAGGUUGUAACAAUCUUGUUAUAUCAAGCAUGUAACAGACUUGUCAGAACAACCUUGCAACAAGUAUGAUAAUUUCAACAAGGUUGUUACAAGUUGUCAACAAGUUGUUCCAAACCUGUUGACAACUUGUGACAAGCAGUGCGAAUACAUCUUGUUGACGGCUUGUUGGCAGACUUGUUACAAGAUGUGACAUUUUUACGUGUGAUACACCUUGCAAUUUUGUCACUUGUGUCGUAACAAGUUGUUGCGAGAUAAGUUGCGAGACAAGUUGCAUAGACUGUCACAGCGCCUGAAGUGUGUAUAAAUAACUCGUGUCAUAUAUGUUGCCAAGUCAAAUUUAUAACAAUCACUUUGUUGUACUGUGUAGUAUGAUAGUUCAGUUGGCAGAGCAUUGGGCUAGUAUUCCAAAGGUCGUAGGUUCGAUUCCCACCGUGGCCAGGCAUAUUUUCCAAGCUUGACACCGGUGUGGAUGUACACUCAGAGUAACAUCACAAACAUCAUAUUCACCUGAGUACAUUACUCCAACACAGAAAAAAUCAUGAUUACUUUGUUUUCUGUUUUGCUUUCAGUUGGUGUACAACGCUGGUAUUCCAUUGCUGUCAAUCAAUAUCUUCUACCUUCUGUCUGCCAUUAUUUUAAUUCUUGUCUUCACGUCGAUUCUACCACCUUACACCAUCACACCAGAACGUCUUCAGCCCAUCAAUGGAUCUAGGGAUUCUAGGGCAUCUCACGAGAGUUUUGCAAAACCCCAAGUAAGUUCUAUACAGUAUAUUAAGUUUUUGGAUGCUGUCUGGUUCGGCUACCAGUCCGCAGCCUUCUACGGAGAAGUUACAAUGAAUUCUUACAGCGGUUUACAAUUAGAAUUAAAAAUCAAAAUUACAUCAAUUCAAAAAACAUUUUCUUGCUUCUCCUAAAUGAAAGCUGUGUAAAAUAUGUAUAAUUAUGCAUAGUUUGCGCAUUAAUUAUUCACUUCAGUUUUUAUGAGAUUUGAAAAUUAAAUUGAUAAUUUAGAAUUUUUAAUUUGUUGUGAAGAUACUGCAGUCAUAUUCGCAUUGUUUACAGGCUUCGCAAACAAAAAUCUUUUGCAUUUUCAAUUGAAUUGAUUCCCAGAUUUUUUAAAGAUUGCAGAUGUAUCAGCGUUUACGAUUGAAGGCUCGCACAGCAAUGGAAUCAUGCACAUGAAUGGGACUUCAGAAGUAAAUGGGGAAGUUGGAAUUUCUAAGAAAAAUAGCAAGCUACAACAAAACGAAACUGAAAGUCAUUUACAGUCAUCAGCACCUUCUCAAUCUCAAGCUGUCAAUGAAAAUAAUGAAGUUGCAAAAAUUGAGGCCGAAUCCAGUGAAGGUACAAAAUAUAUUUCAAAGUUCAAACACUCAUUAAUAAUUCAUAAGCUAAUUGGCAAAUCAUGUCAACCAUAAUAUAUCACGUGCAGUGGCUUUAAACCUGAUAAAACACUCCUAAUUAGCAUUCUUUAUAUAAAAAAUACUUACAAAGCAGUAUUUCUAUUGAAUUUGUAGUCGUGUUUGAAGCCGUUUAAUAAACUCACGGGAUGUGUUUUAUUAGGUCUAGCUUUAAACCUAAUAAAACAUCCUGCUCGUUUAUUAAACAGUACCUAUGCUAUGUAGCUAACAGUUUAACAUACUGUGCACGCAUUACUUUACUUUUCCAGAUUCAGCACCCCGAUUAAUAAGUCAGAUGUUGACAGCAGAAUAUAUACUGCUGGUGUUGUUCACUAGUGUGUGCGGCCUUCGUCUGUGGUUUUAUGUUGGGAAUCUAAACUCAUAUUUGGAAUUUAUGUCUGACAAUGACAUGGAUACAGGUAAGGACUAGAUUUUUAAUUGUUUUUUAAGAGGCAAUUUGUUCCUAUAUACGUCGUGCAUUUAAUACAUUAGACAGAUUUAGAUCGAGGACGUCAAAGAUGACGUGAAAAUGACGUGUUGUGCCCAUGUAUGGAUAUGCCACGUCAUUUUCACGUCGUCUUUGACGUCCGCGUCCUCGAUCUAAAUCUGUCUAUUAUAGUCGGUUGGGAAAGCGUGGCUGCCAACUCUCAUCACUGUUUGAUCCGAAUUUUAUAGUUGUCCUCAUUUAGCAACAGUAUUAAAACUGUUUAUGACCUUCAUACAGGGUUCGUACGGGUCCUGGAAAACCUGGAAAGUCAUGGAAUUUCAAUAUUCCAAAUCCAGGCCUGGAAAUCCUGGAAAAUCAAUUUUAGUCAUGGAAAGUCAUGGAAAAUUGAAAUAUUACAUUACAUUAACAAAGCAUUUUACUUAUUUCAAUUUACCAGUCAUAACAAUAAUAUGAAUUGUUGUUAUAUAACGGACUUUUGCAAGAGCGAAGUGAAUUUUGUUCUUUUAUUAUAUCUGUUAUCGUUAAAAUAUUAACGAAUUUCAGAAAUUCCAGACUUCCAGGUCAUGGCAAACAUCCGAAAAUUUUGCCCUACAUAUCUAAAAAACAUUUCCCUAACACCACGUAAUUUUCGCAAACAUACAAAAAAAUUUUCAGGACAUUUCAUAAUUUUUCAGAAUUUUUUGUGUUUUGCCCGAAUGUCGCAUUGAUUUUUGCCCGACCGUAAAAAUUGGGCACGUGCCAUCCCCCGGCCCAUACGCCUAUGAUUAAGGAAAACAGUAGAUUUGAUCUGUAUAAUGUUUCAUUUUUCAAAAUAGUAGACCACUACACGAACUGGUUUGGAAUUAUUCAAUUUUCUGGUUUCCUCUUCGCUCCUAUCGUUGGUUAUGUGAUGGAUUGGAAACCGAAGAAAAACCAAAAUGAGAAAACAGACAUUGGCUUCAUAUUCGGCUUUCUUCUCACUUCAUGCGUCACUUUAGUUUUGAAUAUUCUCGUUCUUGUACCCAGUCUUUCUGUGCAGGUAUUGCAAUUAAUACAAAUAUAUUACCGGGGCACAAAAUAUAUAGGAAAGUAUAGCAGAAGUGUAACUUGAGUCGGUGCCUUUGUUGUUUUACGUGCAUGAAAGUUUUAACUCGCUCACGCCAGUCCACGCCAUCCUGCCUAGUACAGCCGAAAGUUUUUAUCAGGUUUUGGUAGGUACAAAGUGCCGAUUGUACUAGCCAGGAUGGCGUGAUUGAUGACGAAUCGCUUGUAAAAACGCGGACAAAUACUUGCUUGAGUGAGACUUCUGGUAUACCUUCCUAUUCUGUGACCGGGGCCUGUUGUAGAGGCGCCGGAAGUACAUGUGCUAGAUUGGUCAAGGGUUUCAGAAUUAUUCUGAGCAUGCAGAUGUCUCGCCUCCUCCGCAGGCAUCUAACCAGAGGAAUCGGGUGGUGGAAAAUUUUUUUUCAAAACCCAUUCGCAGGCUAGAACCCAUAGAGAGGCCUGCGGAGGAGGCUAGCAGAUGUCUGUGUUGAUAAAGUAGGCGGCUGUGGCCUUUUGCGGAGAGGGCCCAGGCGGUCUAGGGGGUCUUAAAGUCAUCCAAAUUAACUAGUGUAUAUUGAUUAGUUAGCAACACAACUGAGCUCUGUAACCAAAGUAUAAUGUAUCACUACUUUCAUUCUUCAACAAGAUAACUUUAAGAUGGCAAAUAACUAAAUCAGUCUUACGAAAUACUACGCCGUUUUCGUAAACGACUAGUAGGCUAUAAUUGUAUAAAGUAGACCAGAUUGAAGAAAAAUAGACCAGAUUUUGAAAGCCGGCCUGUUGGUCCGCCCAUUACCACUGGGUAAGCCCACUGAUCUGAAACUAGAACUGGAUAAUGCUUCUAUGGCACCCUGGCCGCCAUAUUGAAAUUCAGCACCAUCUAGAUUCGACAAGUUUGAGUCAAUUUAACUCUGGUGGAUUUAUUUUGAACCUCAUUUGACUCCAAAUGUGGAGUAAAAAUGAAGCCGCAAUGGCGGCCAUUUAGGUUUGAUCACUGCACAAGGGUCGGAGUCUGGGACUAGAUUUCAAACUCUAGAUUAAUUUAAAUUAACAAAAUAUAGAUUGACAAAAUAUAGAUUUAACUUAAAUAAAAUAAAAUAAAAUACAUGACAGUGUUGGAAAUCUCAUGUGCUCUCACCCUCAUGGUUGAUCUGGGCUUUACAGUUUCUGGUUUCUCAUGCCAUUGUUGUGACGUUAAUGCUAGUUUUUUUUUAUUUAUAGUAUGCUACAUUUGUUGUUCAAGUUGUGUUAAGGGCGUUCGUUUUCUCCGUUUAUUCCGCAUUUAUUCUGCACAAGUAAGUGCCAUUUAUAGAGUCGGGGAAAAAACGAGUUCAUUUAUGCUAGAGGAAACGUGUUUUCAAAAUUGGGAGCAUGAGAUUGUAAAAGGUUAUACUAAGUUCAUUACAAAAUCUUUAAUUCUUAAGGUUCGUUUCUCCUCACGAAAAUUUUCCACGGACAGAAAAUUUUCCGAAAAUAUCAUUGUUAAAAGUUGAAGGUUUUCAACUUCAAAAUUUUUUUCCGACGGAAAAUUUGUAUCGGCCAAUCACAUUUUAGGAUUUUUUCUUUUCGCGGAAAAUUUUCUUGAGUGGAAACGUACCUUUAAACUCAGAAAUGUAGAAACAUGGAGAAUGCGCUUUUGAGGCUUCGAAAAAACAAAACGUUUGGGGCGUACCCCCCAGAUGCCCCUUCAGUUGAUUCCCCUUCAGUUGAUUGACUUGAUUCCCCUUCAGUUGAUUCCCCAGCUCACUCCACAAUAACACAUUUUCUCAGAGAGCACUGCAAUUAAACCGCUGAAACAAACUCAAAGGCACUCUCAGACUGCAAAAAUCACCAUCUAUAAAUUAUACGGAGUGGACCCAAUAUCUUCCCAUAAUUCACCAAAUUACUGAAAAUAAACUGACGGGUUUAGUUAUUUUGAUUGAUUUAGAUUUCCACUGGUACAUUUUGGAAAAUUACUUGGCGCUGGUCAUAUAAUAUCCUCAGCGAUAGUUUCUAUCCAAUAUGGAUUAGUUGUUGUUACAGAGGAUACUCUUAAAAAAGACCCAUUUUGGGUGAGUUUUCGGAACUUGGCCUCGUUGUCUAUGGCGAGUAGUCAACUCGGGCUACCUUUAAUUAACCUCCAAAUAUAAACUCUGGGCUUUUUUAUGUACUAUUUAAAAAACGAGCAAGAGUGUUUUAUUAGGUUUAAAGCCACGAGCGCGCAGCGCGAGUGGCUUUAGACCUAAUAAAACACGACCUGCGAGUUUUUUAAAUGGCUUCAAAAACGUUUGCAUAAUAAGUCAAAUCUUUAUAUAAAAAUCUUUAUAUAAAAAUCUUUAUAUAGUUUGCAUAACAAUGGUCUUUUGUUAAAGUGUUCUUUAGCUGGUAUAAAGACGUAUGCACGUGACUAAUUUCUUACUCAAGAUUGGAUAAAAACAUGGGAGCUAGGUUUUUUUAGACGACAUUUGGUGUUAGUAAUAUUUAAUAUAUUGACUAUUGUAGCUCUAAACUAUAUCGUGAACGAAAAGAAAUAUAACGGGGGGCGCUUGUAUUCGGAGGUUUACGGUAUAUACAUGCUAAAUUGCAUUCAUUUAUUAAUUUACUACAAUUCAUAGGUGAAUGUGAGUCUUCUAGUGUUGUGCUUGUUUCUCAAUAUCCUCCCGGCUUAUCUAUGGAUUAAGGAAAAGAGACAAAAUGGACAGAACAGACGUAUUGAGGUUAAUCGUAGCGUAAUUUAAUUACUGUACAAGCCGACAGAAAAAAAUCUUUUGUUGUAUCGUAUAGGACCGCAAGGGAACACGAGAAAUCUUUUUCUGAAUGUAAUUAUGUAAGUCACAGUUCAAUUUUAGUAUAGUCGGCAAACCUUAGUAGUGCAUUUCGGCAGGGGGGGGGGGAGCAUCGAUGGGGGCAGGGGGGAGCAUCGAUAUACGCGGUACUUUCGCAAUUUAUAUACGCAGUGGUUCGAGCAUUAUACGCGGUGCUUUUAACAUUAUACGCGAUGCUUUCAUUCAACAUUAUUUCCAUUUUCUUUCAUGUAUAUGAUUUCACGAUUGCUUAAAUUUGGUAUGUGGUUCAGUGACAAUGCUUUUUGCCUCUGGUUUGCAAUGACAUGCUAUAAAAAGAUUUAUUUAUGCACUUUGUGAAUUCUAAAGGGUGUAUAAAAAAAACUGAACCCUUUCAAAUCAGUCAAAUUAGCUAUAACGUAUUGUAGUAAUUUGACAGCUCUAAUUGCCUUGAAUUAAUGUUGGUAUAAAGAACACAAGGAAUACUGUAUUUCUUUUAAAUUUUCUAAUUUUUAUUUCUUUGAGUUUUGUCCCAUGAGUACAAGACCUAGUGUUCUUAUCCAACCAUUAAUUUAAAGCAAUUAGAGCUAAGAGCUGUCAAAUUACUACAGACAAUACGUUAUAGCUAAUUUGAGUUUGAAAGGGUUCAGUUUUUUUUUAUACACACUGUAUAUAUUAUCAUAUAGUGUUGAUUUAUUAGUAAUAAAUCUGUGUAUAUAUACAUGAAUAUAACGCAGCGAAUGUGCCAAGCAGUAUAAUUAUAAACACGGCUGAAAUACGAUAUUAAAUCUUGAAUGUGCCGUAUGGUUUAAUUAAAAAUGCUUUGUCAUUUGUAUUUAUACUUCCACUGCAUCACAAGUGGACAGAUUCCACAUGUGAGGUUGUCUUGUGUAUAUUUUGGCCUUCUUUGAUAAACAUUACUAAACACGCAAAUUUUAAUUAGCUAUGUGAGAAUAGCUGAAUUCAUAUUAGAAGACGGAUUUCCGUCUAAGACGGGAAACUCGUGUGACGGAUUUCCGUCUGGUAUAAGUAUGAAACGAAAACUAUCGGACGGAUAAACCCGAAAAAAUAGGAGACCCUCCAUCCCAGUCUCUUUUGAACGUUGCGAGCAGAAACCCGUCUUGAUUUAUUCGUCUGAUAUAAAUUUAAGACGGAUUUCCGUCUAAGGGGCCGAUUACAUGGAGCAUUUUCAACCCCGGGGUUGAACUCAGCCCUGUUUACCGGGUUGAAAUUUCAGCCCUGUCUGUAAUACAAAACUCUAUCAAAAUCAAACGCGCGAUUACAUGCAAAAUUUUCAACCCAGGGCUGAGUUCAAUCCCGGGGUUGAAAUUUCAACCCUGCUUCAGCUAGCAGGGUUGAAAUUUCAACCCCGGGGUUGAACUCAGCCCUGGGUUGAAAAUUUUGUCAUGUAAUCGUUUCAACCCAGGGCUGAAAUUAUCAUGACUUAUUCGAGCAUACGUGGUAGUGACUAUUUAUUACAAGAAAACAAAAUAAAGGCUUUUUUUACUUCCGCGAAUCGAUGCCGCGAACGUAUAGUAUAGCGUUUCAACCCCAGGGUUGAAAUCGUCCAUGUAAUCGCAAAAAAUUUCAACCCGGUUAAUAGGGCUGAGUUCAACCCCGGGGUUGAAAAUGCUCCAUGUAAUCGGCCCCUAAGACGAGAAACUCGUCUAACUUUCCCGUCGUUCAGGCAGGAAAGUUAGACGGAAAAGUUCAGACGGAAAACCCGUCGUUAACCGAAUUUAUAUCAAGACGAGUUUCUCGUCUGAGACGAGUUUCCCGUCUUAGACGGAAAUCCGUCUUCUAAUAUGAAUUCAGCUAAUGUUGGCCGUUUUUGAAAAUGUUGAUGUAUAAAUUAUG